AAUCGGCUCCAGAAACUCAUGCCGGACCUGGUGGAAGCUAGCCAGACUAGUUUUGUACCCAAACGACAUAUUACGGAUAAUAUCAUCAUCCUGCAAGAAGUGAUUCAUUCCAUGUCGCUAAAGAAGGGUGAUAAAGGUCUUAUGGCUCUAAAAAUAGACCUGGCGAAGGCUUAUGACAGAAUUAGCUGGUCUUUUCUCGAGAAGACCCUUUGUGCUGCAAGGCUCCCUCAAGAUUUUAUUGCCUUAGUUAUGGCUUGCAUCUCAACUCCAAGUUUUCAAGUUAUGUGGAAUGGGGGCCUAACCGACAGCUUCAAAUCCUCGAGGGGUCUAAGACAAGGAUGUCCUCUUUCUCCCUAUCUAUUUACCCUCUGUAUUGAGCGCUUAAAUCAUUGUAUUCAGGAAGCCAUUGGGUCGGGGGCGUGGAAACCCAUCUCACUUGGCCAAGGUGGAACCCCUUUAACCCAUUUAUUUUUUGCAGAUGACCUGGUCCUCUUCGCAGAAGCAACCACAAAUCAGGGAGAAGCGAUUUUGCAUUGUCUGGAGCUGUUCUGCUCAGCCUCAGGAGAGCAAGUUAGCAAGCAAAAGUCUUGUGUAUUUUUCUCGAAGAAUACCAAGGACUCGACCAAAAAGAGAAUCAACGACAUGUUGGGAAUGAAGCCGACUAACAAUCUAGGUAGUUACCUCGGUGUCCCGGUGAUCCAUGGUCGUGUGACAAAGGACACGUACAAGUACAUUCUUGAGAAUAUUGACAAAAGGAUAAGCGGAGGGAAAGCAAGGAAUCUGUCGCUAGCAGGGAGAGUCACGUUAGCUAUGUCGGUGCUAAACGCCCUUCCCAACUACACGAUGCAGACAGCGGUUAUACCGGUUUCGGUUUGUGACCUCAUUGACAAAAAAAUUCGAGCUUUUGUGUGGGGAGCGGAGCAAGGGAAGUCUCAUCUUGUAACUUGGGAGACGAUAUGCAAGCCGAAGGAAGAAGGAGGACUGGGACUCCGUUCUGCUCGUGCACUGAAUCUAGCUUAUCUUAUGAAACUUGUUUGGCUGUUUCUUAAUGAUGAGUCUGCUUUGUGGGUUAAAGUUUUACAGGGGAAAUACUUCAAGAAAGCCCUGAUGGGAGGAUUAGUCAUGAAGAAAAGUCGGUCGUCGCGCCUAUGGAAAGCAAUGAUGGAAGUGUGGCCGGCUGUGAAACAGAGCCUGAUUUGGGACGUUCGGAGUGGUCACAACGUGAACUUCUGGACCAGUCCUUGGCUGUCGGAUGGGAUGAUUCUGACUGAUCAUGUGCAUAGUGAUGGAGCGGGGAUCCGUUGGGAAGCCUCAGUUACGGAGCUUACAACGGAAACAGGUGAGUGGGACUGGACUGUUUUACAACCACAUCUGCCUAAUGAACUCCUCAACCUUAUUGCAGGUACUGAUACUCCUGACCCGGAGCUUGGAGAGGACAUCACGACCUGGGGACCGGAGGUAGAUGGGCGCUUCAGGCUCAAAUCAGCAUAUAAGGUUGUUGUCGAGUGGCUACAGAAUGAAGAGGAGGAUGGUGCAAAUCCAACAAGUCCACCGAAAUGGAAGGAGAUUUGGAAGUGGAAGGGGCCGAACAGAAUUGUACACUUCCUAUGGCUCGUUGCUCAUGAUCGGCUACUGACUAACGUGGAAAGGAAAAGGAGGAAGCUUACCACAGAUGAUAGGUGUUGCUUUUGCAAUGCAGGCCCAGAAAACGCGGAGCAUGUCGUCAAAAACUGUCCAAGAGCGAAACAGGUAUGGAACAUUUUGGGUAUAAAGGACGACUACCUUACUGUGGCUUUCCCGUUUGCAGAUUGGUUGGUGAAAAGGCUGCAUUCAGAGAAGGAUGGCUUGCUUUUCGGAAUGACAGCUUGGUAUCUAUGGAAGCAGAGGAACGAAUCCAUAUUCCAACACAAGACGUUCGAUGCUGAAGUCCUCGCCCAACGAAUAAAAAGCUGGACUAAGAUCGUGGAACAAGCCCAGGAAAGUGAUAGGCUCACAAAUGAUGAAUCAACACCGAAAGAAGUCACCAGUUUGGCAUGGGAACCACCGCCGGCAGGAUGGGUCAGCCUUCAAUCGGACGACUCUGUUCGACAGCCUGGUGCUUUGGCGGCGACUGGAGGUCUGAUUCGAGAUCACUUGGGAAGAUGUCUGGUUGCUUUCUCAGGGAAUCUUGGAGCAUGUACCAUUACUAGAGCAGAGAUAAAGGGGGUAAUAGAAGGACUUAACCGAGCUUGGGACUAUGGCUACAGAAAAGUAAUGGUGGGAAUUGACUCGACAGCUGCGCUCCACCUGCUCACCACCACUGAUCAAGAGGACCAAAGGUAUCUCAUUCUCAUCAAACAAUUCCAGAGGCUCUUGAAUCGGAAUUGGGAAGUGAAAAUCUCUCAUGUCUAUAGGGAAUGCAACAAGGCGGCUGACUAUCUUGCUAAUCGUGGCCAUGAGCUUAGUUUAGAAGUUCAUUAUUUUAGUAUUUCGGAUUCGGGCCUCUCGUUUUGGGUCCUGUAUGAUUGUAUGGGCAUCGCCCAAACCAGAUUAAUUUAAUGUGCCAGGCAGGGGUGCCCUUUUAACACCCCAUUUUUCUACUAAAAAAGAAAUAAUAAUAAUAAUAAUAAUAAUAAUAAUAAUAAUAAUAAUAAUAAUAAUAAUAAUAAUACAACACAAAGCCAUUCAGACAGACAACCACAAAUUAAUUAAAGGAAAGACA